AUGGAUCAAAGUCUGUACAAGAGUAUGAUUGGUAGUUUGAUGUAUCUUACAACUAGAAGACCUGACAUUGAAUUUGUUGUAGGAGUAUGUGUAAGGUAUCAGUCUGAACCCAAAAUGAGUCAUAUUACUCAAGUGAAAAGGAUCUUGAAGUAUAUCAAUGGAACUAGUGACUAUGGAAUGUUGUCUUCUCAUAAUGCAAAUCCCUUGCUUAUAGGAUACUGUGAUGCAGAUUGGGCAGGCAAUGUUAAUGAUAAAAAGAGCAUUUCUGGAGGAUGUUUCUUCUUGGGAAAUAAUCUUAUAUCUUGGUUCAACAAUAAGCAAAAUAAUGUGUCUUUAUCUACGGUUAAGGCUGAAUAUUGCAAUAGGAAGCAAUUGUUCUCAAUUAAUUUGGAUGAAACAACUAUUAGAAGAAUAUAA